AUGAAGAAGCUGACAUUAAAAAAAAAAUAUGCGAUUGUGGGUGCCAAGAAGUGCACCACGCGCUACGGACAGCAGCUGUGUCUGGAACUCAAUGACUGUUACGUCUUCUUACCAAAAAGGUGUGCAGAGUCCUUCGGUGAUGAGGAAAUACGGGAGCUGCCUAAACUUUGUUUGGAGGUCGUAGCUCCUCACGAAGCAACAUUCGAGAUAGACUUUCAUGAAAAAGAAAGUAGCACCAGCGAUGACAGCAAUAUCAACAACAACAACAGUAUCAAUGAAAGCAGUAGCAGCAGCAGUAACAACAACAACUAUAAUAACAACACCAACAAUCAUAAAAAAGACGAGGAGGAGCGAUUUGAAAUAAUAGACGAAAUGGUGACGAGGAUUAAAAGGUUUGGUUUGAACGGAAGAAAAAUCCAGUUCAAAAUAAAACCUGUUCCUGAAAAUAAGGAGCCUACUUCCUGGAUAAGGGAAGGUUUGAACGGCAUGUUCAAACAUGCUUUGAAAGAUCUGGAUCCCCUUGAUAAAGUGGGAAUAACUUUUAGCGGAAAGAGUUUUUCCACCGAACGGGGUAGCGGUUGGAUCAACUUUAAAGACUGUUCCGCCAUUAAAUUUAGCGACAUUUGGGAGAUGGUCAGUAGAAUCUUCCAAAGUAAUUCUACAGGUCUGAGCACUGAUGAUUUUAAUCUAAGCAUAACAUCUGUGAAGCUCCCUUCAGGUUCUGGAAGAAAAAGAUCUAACAUCCAUAACACCUUUGAAAAGGAAUGCUCCAAAAGAAAGGGUAUUGUAUCUGUACACAAUACGGAUAACUUGUGCUUGCCUCGAGCGCUAGUCGUUGGCAAAGUAUAUGCCAAUAAAGAAAGUGUGUUAAACAAAAACGCAAUAAGAAGAGAUAUUGGGAAAAUUCAGACAAAGAAUGCCUUAAAACUAAUUAAUGAGGCACACAUAAAUAUACCCCCUGAAGGGUGUGGCAUUCCAGAAUUAAAAAUAUUCCAACAACAUUUAAAGGAAUACAAAAUAACGGUGUAUAACCACGGAACAAAAGGGCGUGAUAUCAUAUUUGAAGGUGAUAAUGAUGAGAAAAAAAAAAUCAAUUUAAUCUACCAUAAUAAUCACUUCAAUUUAAUAACGUCCUUAACUGCUGCAUUUUGUUGCAGUUAUUAUUGCGAAGAUUGCCAUGAACCCUACAAUAUGAAGAGCAAACAUAGGUGUCAUAAAACAUGUCCACAAUGUCAAAACACACCUCCGUGCCCGAAAAUUGCAAAAGAAAUUAAUUGUGUAGAUUGUAAUCGAAAUUUUAGAGGGAAAAACUGUUUCGACAAACACAAGGCAGGCAACUCAAAAGGAAACAAUAUUUGUGAACAAGUCAAAAGAUGCAUACUAUGUUUAAAAACAUAUAGUGGCAAUCGAACUCAUAUCUGUGGCGAAUACUACUGUAAAUUAUGUAGGAAGCACGUGGAAGCAGAUCAUUUGUGCUAUAUACUUCCCGAUAGUAGAUUACCUAGUUGUAAAGACACUCUUUACAUUUUUUAUGAUUUAGAGAGUCGUCAAGAGAGAGUUAUCGGUGAAAAAAUCAUAUCUAUUGCAGAUGAUACUUAUAAUACUCAGGUGAAAAUACAUGAGCCUAAUUUGUGUGUUUUUAGGCAAAAGUGUUAUGAAUGUUUUGAUAUCCCGAAUUUGGCCUUUUGUAAUAAGUGCGGGCAUUCAUUGAACGUUGUUCAGGAAUCUGAAGAAGAAGAAGAAGGAAACAUUAUCCCAAAAUUCUUAAAACAUAUUCUGAAUGUUCGACAAAAAUUUAAAAACGUCAUUGUAUUAGCACAUAACGGACAAUCUUAUGACCAUCAAUUUAUAUUAAAUUAUAUACUGAAUGAAACAAAUUUAAGUCCGGAAUUAAUCAUGCGAGGCAGUAAAAUAAUAUUAAUGAUAAUAGGAAAUAUUAAGUUUAUAGAUUCCUUAAAUUAUUUCCCGAUGGCUCUCUCUAAGCUGCCGAAAACCUUCCAGCUAUCGUCGGAAUUGAAAAAAGGAUAUUUUCCUCAUUUGUUCAAUACAAGAGGAAAUAGAAACUAUGUCGGGAAGUUACCAGCCUUAGAAUUCUACAGUCCGAAUACUAUGAAAACAGAAGAACUUGAAGUAUUUCUAAAAUGGUACGGAGAACAUAAAAACGACAUUUUUGAACUCCAACGUGAACUUUUGGAGUAUUGCAUCAGUGAUGUCAAUAUCCUGACUGAGGCUUGUCUAAAGUUCAGACGUUUUUUUCUCAUUGAAAGUAAUAUUGAGCCAUUCUUAGAAGCUACGACUAUAGCUUCUUCAUGCAAUCUGGUGUACCGAAGAAAUUUUCUACAGUCGAACACUAUUGGGUUAAUACCCAAAAAUGGAUACAGGUGCGUCGAUAAUCAGUCAACGGAAGCAAUUAAGUGGUUGAUUUUGGAAGAGCAAAGUCGAAAAAUCAACAUAAAACAUGCUGCUAAAGGACGUGAAGCCAUAAUUAACGGAGUUAAAGUCGAUGGUUUCUGCGAAGAAAAUAAACAAGUUUUUGAGUUUCAUGGUUGCUACUAUCACGGUCAUCCUGCUUGUCUUAAACAUAAACGAGACGAACCUCUAUCUGAUAAAGAACAACACGAUACGUUGAAUUACAGAUACGAGAGAACGUUGGCCAAAACAGCACGUUUGAGAUCGUUUAAUUAUGAAGUGAUCGAAAAGUGGGGUUGUGAAUUUGAGACCCAACUUAGUUUUCUAAAAGAUGAAGAGUUAAAUUUCAUAAACAAUCACCCACUUGUACAGAAUGCCCCGUUAAAUCCACGAGAUGGUUUCUUUGGAGGAAGAACUGGGAAUACAUUUAAUUACUACAGGUGUAAGGAAGGUGAGCAAAUAAAAUACAUUGAUGUAUGUUCACUAUACCCCUGGGUAUGUAAAAAUGGGAAGUUUCCAGUUGGACAUCCAAAAGUUCAUACAAGUAAUGAUGAUAUUUGCUCUAAUAUGCAACUUGAUGGUAUCAAUGGACUCAUUAAAUGUAAAAUUCUACCACCAGAAAACUUAUUUCACCCUGUCUUACCCCAAAAACAGAACAAUAAACUAAUGUUUUCAUUGUGUAGAACCUGCAGCAGUGAAAAAACUAAGGAAAGAGUUUGUACCCAUUCUGAUGAUCAGAGGGCCUUGUUAGGAGUAUGGGUGAUUGACGAAGUAGUAAAAGCUAUUGAAAUGGGUUAUAAGCUACUAACUAUAAUGGAAAUUUGGGAAUACGAUGUAAUCCAAUAUAACCCUACUGCAGGUACUGAAGGAUUAUUUACCUCGAUGAUGAAUAAAUACCUUAAAAUAAAGCAAGAAGCUUCAGGUUGGCCAAAUAUAUGUUUAUCUGAAGAGGAUAAAAACAAAUAUAUUACGGAUUUUCUCGAGAAGGAAAAAAUCAAGUUAGAAUACUCCGAAAUAACAGAUAAUCCUGGCAAGAGAUCACUUGCCAAGCUGAUUUUAAAUUCUUUUUGGGGUAAAUUUGGACAAAGAGAAAAUCAACAAAAAACCUGUAUUAUUAAUAAUCCUUCAGAUUUGUUUAAUUUGCUUACUCAUCCAUCUAUAGAAGUUUCACAAAUUCUACCAAUUAAUGAAAACAAUAUUGUGAUAAGCUUCGAAAUGAAAGAAGAAGCAGUUGAAACUCUAUCAACUGUUAAUGUUUCUAUUGCCGCAUAUACCACAACUCAAGCUCGCCUGAAAUUAUAUAGCUACUUAGAAAAACUUCAGGAAAGAGUUUUGUACUACGACACUGAUUCCGUUAUUUAUGUUUGUCGUCAAGGAGAAUUCGAUCCACCUACUGGAGACUUUAUCGGUGAUAUGACAAACGAACUGGAUUGCUAUGGUCAAGGAAGUUACAUUACCGAAUUUGUAAGUGGUGGACCAAAAAAUUAUUCUUACAAAGUAUACAGCACAAAGGAUAAAAAAGAACACACUGUCUGUAAAGUGAAGGGUAUCUUCCUCAAUUAUGAAUCUUCCCAAAAAAUUAAUUUCGAUUCAAUAAAAGAAGCGGUUUUAAAUUCUUCUAUACAAGAAGAUUCUGAAGAAAGUAUUGUCAUAAAAUCUAAAAAUAUACGACGUACCAUAGAACAUCAGGUAGUUACUGUAGAAGAAGUCAAAACAUAUAAACCAAGAGCUGAAAAACGUCAAUUUUUCGACGAUCACAGUUCUCUGCCGUACGGAUAUAAAAGGAAAAAACCCAACCCACCUUCAUCAUCAUCAUAA